CUUCACCUGGCAUCUCUCUCUCCAGAAAUCAGCAGCAACUUCAUUCCCGUGCACCAUGCCACCCAAAAAGCCAGAACCCAAAAAGGAGGCACCAAAACCUGCCGCAGCCCCUCCACCUGCAGCACCAGAGCCCCCAAAGGAAGUCCCAUUUGACCCAAAGAGCGUCACAGUUGAGUUCAGUGCUGACCAAAUUGAAGAAUUUAAAGAGGCCUUCCAGCUGUUUGACCGCACCCCAAAAGGGGAGUUGAAAAUCACAUAUGGUCAGUGUGGGGAUGUGCUGAGAGCUCUAGGACAAAAUCCGACCAAUGCAGAGGUGAUGAAGGUUCUGGGGAGACCCAAGCCAGAAGAAAUGAACACCAAACUCUUGGACUUUGAAACUUUCCUUCCGAUGCUCCAGCAUAUCUCCAAAAACAAGGAUCAGGGUUCUUUUGAAGACUUUGUAGAAGGGCUACGUGUCUUCGAUAAAGAGAGUAACGGCACAGUAAUGGGUGCUGAACUUCGCCACGUGCUUGCCACCCUGGGCGAGAAACUGCAAGAGAACGAGGUAGAACAGCUGCUGGCUGGACAGGAAGAUGCCAAUGGAUGCAUCAACUAUGAAGCAUUCAUCAAGCAUAUAAUGUCCGGAUAAAACCUGUGAAUGUGACAACUGCUUGAUCCUCCCAUCGUCUGUCCUUCAGAGUCUGACCCUUUUCUGAAGUGCCCCUAGGUGUCCCUGAAAGGAAGAAACCUAAAAGAAGAUGAAGCUGUGCUCUUCAGAAAUGUCCUGCUCAGUUGUAAAUUAUUUGGGAUAUUUUUUUUCCCACUGACUUUUCACCAAAUAAAUUUUACCAAACUAAA